AUGACGCUCCUGGAGAAGCUCUUGGGCAGCACGCUGGUCUCGCGGCGCGGCGAGACGUCCACGCUCGAGGCGCUGGCGCACAAGUCGGUGGUGGGGCUCUACUUCACGGCCAGUACCUGCCACCCGUGCCGAGCCUUCACGCCCGUGCUGGCGACUGUGUACCGCAACAUGACGCUCAACGCGUACAAGUCGCUGGCCAUGAAGGAGCAGCUGGACGUGGUGCUGCUGUCCAACGACCGGAGCCCCGUGGCCUUCCACGACGCGCUGCUGCAGACGCCGUUCCUCGCCGUGCCCUUCCACCGACGCGACGUCGUGCAGGACCUGUGGAAGCGCUACGACGUCAAGACGAUCCCGACGCUCAUCUUUGUGGACGCCAACGGCGACGUGGUCGAGCGCGAGGGCCGCCGCUUCAUCGAGAAUAACUACACGGACCUGCGCAAGAUCUGGGAGCACCUGGCGCCGUCGCUCUCGUCGUCUUCGGGGCCGGAGACCACGAUUCCGUGA